AAGAAAUCCUUGGGAAUAUCCUUCGCCAAGACGUUCGUGUUAAUUUGGAGUGUUGGCAUUUCGCUCUAAAACUGUAUCAAACCAACCAACUUCAACAAAUGACAAAGUGCAGCGAUAAAUAGCCCAACUGAUAAGGAAGGACCGACUUCAAUGAAGCAUUUUUGUUGACAUCGGUGGUGGCGCUAGUUUCCGUGAUUUUUUUUAAAUAUUCGAACAUGGGCGCACGCAACGCGAGUCGGCCACUCAGCGUCAGUUAAAGCUAUCUGUUUUGAUGGUGAUUGCCUGUAAACAUGUCAUCAGAUGAAGCAGGAAGUCUUCUAGUAACCAUCAUCGACACGAACCCGUGUUCCAAGCUCAUCAGGACCGGCGAAGGGACAAUUUCAAAAUGCUUGGACGCAAUCACAGUAUUUUGCAACUCGCACCUCAUGCUAAGCCCUCGCAACAAGCUGGCUGUUAUCGGCUGUCAUUCACACAAAAGCUGUUUCCUGUAUCCAAAGGCACAGCAAGAGACGACCGAGACAUACUCGGUUGAUGGACAGCACGAACUUUUCACCGAAGUUGCCAGUGCCGUUAAAACUGGUGUAAAGGACUUAGUUCACUCAGAUACGGAACACUCAGUCAAUGCAGAGUCGCUACUGGCUGGGGGGCUCAGCCUUGCACUUUGCUAUGUCAAUCGAAUUGAAAAAGAAGCUGUGGAUCAGAAGAAACUCCUGUCCCGGAUUUUGGUAUUCACAGGCUCCGGCGACAGUGCCUCGCAGUAUUUGAAUUUCAUGAACAUAUUUUUUACUGCACAAGUAAAGAAUGUGGUGAUCGACGCGUGUGUCCUUGAAAAGGACUCUGGUUUGCUACAGCAGGGCUGCGAUAUCACCGGAGGGAAGUACCUGAAAGUACCGAGUGUGGCAGCAACACUACAAUACUUGCUGUGGGUCUUUCUGCCAGACAAGGAAUCUAGAAACUGCCUAGUGCUGCCACCUCCAGUUCAUGUGGACUACAGGGCAGCAUGCUUUUGCCACAGGAACCUCAUCGAGAUCGGGUACGUCUGCUCGGUCUGCCUCUCAAUCUUUUGCACAUUCAGUCCCAUUUGCUCUACAUGCCAAACUGCGUUCAAGUUUACGGGUCCAAUACCCCCGCUGCUCAAGGCGAAGAAGAAGAAGCAGAAACUUGGACUGUGAUAAACGUGUAAAAAUAACCUGCAUAAACAUUUAUUUACAUA